AGUAGGUUAUUCAACAUCUUAUGUUUAUAAUCAUGAAGCAAGUGAUUAAAUCUUUUCUUUACCUCUUUAGGAUUAUUUGAAUGACGGGUUCAGAGACAACCAGAUUAAGAUGCUCUAGUAUUACGGUGCCUAUUUCUCAGUUACAUCUGAAAAAUAUUGUGUGCUCCUUGUCUGUCGGUGGUGUGAAUAUUUACUCCCUCUAAAUAAAUGUAUCUUAACAAUCGAAUUUAGAAACCUGAACAAUCACUGCUGUAAAUGAUCAGAAGCAAGACAAACGCUUUGAACAAAUUUCAUUUCCCCGUAGGUUCAAGCGGAUAGCGAGGCAUUUAUUUUGCGAAAAAUAUGACUCCUUGCGAUGCUAGUGAGGCCUAGAGUUAGUAAAUUCAGCAGCUCCCACGGGAAAUUAAUACCAAGCAUCAGUACUCGAAGGAUGUUACUUCUUGCUGUCUUCUUACUUAAUAGUCGUCAUUUUCUUCUCAUGGUAGCUGUUAAAAUUAUUUGCCGUACGUUUCGGUGUCGGUGUACUAUAUAUUACGUCCUCUAAAACAUUGAUACAUAAACGCAGAAACCUUACUUUCUUAAGCUUUUUUCGCCAAUACAUUGCUACAUAACAAAUACAUUUUAUUUCCUCUAGCCGAAAAUGCAUACAUUUUGCAUGCGCAAAUCUGAAUAUGACAUGCAAUAUCUGUGAAAAGCAAAGUACUAGAUAGCGAAAGCAUAUGGCAGAAACACUGUGCAGCUGAUACGGUGUUUGGGGUUUGUGGACGUGUGAGGACGUGUAGUUAAUGGAAUCAAAAUGAGGGUGGAAAGUUGACGGCAUGUUUUAUCACUUGGAGUGCCACGUGUGAGGUGAUAUGUGUCACUGGAUUGUGAUCGUCGUCAGCGAUCAUGUGAAACGUUCUAGUAUGGAAGUGUCACGAUGAAAAGAAUAUGAAACUCGUCUAUUGAACUAAAAUGCCAAAAUCGAUUUUAGUACCUGAAAAUAAACACGUAUGGAACAAGUGCACGUACUGCAAAAAUUUGGAGUUCAAAGCCCAACAGGACUUUACAAGACAUCUGCGAGAACAUCACUGUACGAAAGAGGGAGGGUCCUUUGUAUGCCGUUACGGUCUGAAUGGUGUGUGUCCAUCGCUUCCUGUGGAAGGUGUGAGUGAUCAAGACUAUGAGGAGCAUGUUCUGCGCCAUCACGUGCAGCAGCCACGAUCUGCGAGGCACCAAGCAAUGCUGGGGCGGCACAGCAAACUGCUACUGCUGCAGCAGCAACAACAACAGAAUGCUGAACACUCGCAGCCGUGGACUGUGUACUCAGCAUCUCAGAACCUGCCUGCAGUCCUCAAUGACCCUAGUCGUGGGAAGCAAAGGGAUUUCUUCACAAAAACGUGGGGUGAUGCAUUUGUUGAAAAAAGUGACAUUCCUCUACCUCAUUACAUACCAGACAUUGGUCCACAGCAUUUUGAGUCCUACUUGAGAAAAAUUGCACGUAGAUAUCGGAAACAUGCCAGAAUAAAUUCCAUUGCAUCGAAGCCAAAUUCUCAUGCAGAGCUCCUUCAGCACUUCCCAAAUCUACGUGCAAAAAGCUCAAUUGAAAAGAUCCAACUUGAUGUUAGUGGAAUUCCAAAGAUAUUUCUCCAGCCAAAUUUUGAUCUCACUGUGGAAGAGACAUUCAAUUCUGUGUUCCCUUUUACAAAGGAACAGGCAACUUUUGGUUCUGAUGGUGAGAACACAAAAAAUUCUUAUAAUUCUGGGAAACUAAUACAAGAAAAGCUUUCUCAUUAUCUGGAUACCGUAGAAGUUCAGAUUGCUCACCAAGUUGCCCAUAAAUCAGAAGCCUUCUUCCAUGCUAUGACAUCUCAUGAUGCAUUAUCUGAGCAGAUGAGUCAGACUAUUAAUGAUGUUAGAGCCCUCAGGGAAAAAAUUCAGCAUAUAGACAAAUCUGUUGUGAAGGACUCACUGCAAAUACUAAGACUUGAGAGACUGCGAUGCAAUCAUGCAAGUGUGGUUUCAAAGCUGCAGUUGAUGGCAACAGUUCAUCAGACUCAACCCACAAUUCAGCUUCUUCUUUCAACUCCAGACUAUGUUGCUGCUCUGGAGCUAAUUGCUACUACCCAGGAGAUACUGGUGAAGGAGCUGGCAGGAAUACACAGUUUUCGGCAUUUAGGUUCACAGCUGCUUGAAAUGGAGAGGCUUAUUGAUAAAAUGUUAAGCACAGAGUUCGAGAGGUAUGCAACAGCUGACUUGAAUCGACCACUGAAUGACAAGCAACAAAUUCUUGAAGGGGACAAACUGGUAUCUAUAAUAUUUGGUAUGCUGCGACAGAAACAUCUGAACUUCAUUGACACCUACAAGGAAGAAGCUUUCACAACCAUCAAGGCAGUCGUUAAACAGAUUGUUAUAGAAGAGGUGGCUGCAAGUGAUUCUACUGACAAUGAGGUGGCCCUUACAGGAGUUGGUGACCAACUGCAAGGGCUGGCAAUCUCUGACUGGUUGCACUUGCUCAGGCGCACCACGGGUACACUGUUGCAGCUGCUUACAAGAGUAAAAGCAGUUCAUGAUGUCAUGCAGCAAGCAGCAGAUGUGAGUGCAGGGAAGAUGCCUGCUACAAUCAGCAGUACUGGAUCUGCUGAAGAUAUCCCUGCUGAAAUACAUGUUGGUGUAGGAUCCGACCCAGGUGAAAGUCUGUUGGCUGCGGAUGAACACCAGCGUGUCAGCAACAAGCUGCAUGACCUCAUGACGUCAGUGUGUGAUUAUGCUCAUGAAAGGGUGGCUCAACUUGUUCAGGCACAAGACAGGGUCUUGGAACGACAAUCAUCCUGUUGGCUGGCAGAUAAAGCAACAGCUAGUGAAGUGUGUGAACUUUCUCGGGUGAUAGACAAGUUUGCUGUAGCCUGCGAGAAGAUCUGCGGCCGUUCCAGCACAGCUUUACGAUCAGCAUUUAAAAUACAGGCUAGCAAAUUUAUUCAACGUUUUCAUCAAGAUCGUAAAACAAAGCUUAGCUUAAUUUUGGAUAAUGAACGAUGGAAACAAGCUGAUGUACCAGCAGAAUUUCAAGAUCUUGUUGACCAGAUUGCUACAUAUGGACGUUUCUCACCACCUAAAAAAGAUGAUGGAGAUGGCAGUGUCAGGAAACCAGAAGCUUUUCUUAUUUAUGGGGAACAGAAGUUUGCUGUCGUUGGGACAGCAUUGCUGCUAAUAAAGAUGGUGGCAGAGUACUGUGAGUGUGCAGAGGAACUGCCUGUAACAGUAGCUCUCAUGUGUCGCAAUCUUGCUGAGCUACUGAAGCUGUUUAACUCUCGGUGUUGCCAACUGGUACUCGGUGCUGGUGCGCUGCACUCAGCGGGCCUGAAGACAAUCACUAGCACCAACUUGGCUUUGGCGUCUCGUGCUCUCCAACUGCUGCUUGCACUCCUGCCUGCUGUGCGUGUACACUUUGAUGAUUUGCUGCAGCAGCAACAACAACAGCAGCAGCAGCUGACGCAACAUGUCAUGCCGUUCCGUGGAGCCGCUACUGGCGUGGGGAUUCUCGAUACAGUGGAGAAAGAUGUACUGAGCCAUGUUCAGGAGAUUGAGGAAAAGGUUCUCUCAAUUGUCGGGAAUCUAAUAACUGCACAGUUAGGCCAGUGGGAGGUGAGACCUCCUGUUCCAUCUCAGCCCUUCAGAAACAUAUCAAGGCACCUAACAAAACUUCAUGAAGCUGUAGCAACAGUGCUGCCGGAAGCUCAAGUUCAGUAUAUAUACCGCACUGUUAACUCUCUCUUCAAGUCACGUCUGAGAGAACAGUUAAUGAAACUGAACGUUGUCAACAAUGGUGGUCCUCAACAUGGAAUUGUGACUUCUGAACUGACGUUUUAUCUCGAAACACUGAAAACAUUGAAAGUACUUCCUGUGGAAGAAUUAAGUGAUGGAGCAAUGAAAAGUAUUUGGGAUCCCCAGUAAAAUUCCAGUAAACUGAAACUGAGGCUGUGAAGUGUACCUUUAGUGAUCUCAUGAUAGUUUGUUGUAUGAAAUUUAUAGAUGCAGCUAUCUGGAAAAUUUUAUGAAAACUGUUGUAUAUGAAAUAAGAUGUGAACUUUUAUUGUUAUAGUAGAUGUGUAACUUAAUUAUGAACUUCUUGGUGAAAUGUGCCGUGUGGGAGAUAAGUUUCACUGAAAUUCAGUGUUUUGUGAGGAGUGUGAUGUAAUGGUUAUUGACACAGAGAUACUGUGAACGCUUAUUAGUGCUUGAUGAUGAUUCUUAGCGAGUGAAAUACUGCCACAGAAGUUAGUACAAAGUUCUUUAUAAGUGCAAACUGAAAAAUAAACUUUCAUUACAUAUCCUUCUUUACUGUUCUGUGAGGAAAAGUGUGUCGCAACAGGCGGCAGAAGUAAAUUGAGGACACCACAGACUUUUCAAGAUCAUUGGCAUGUUGCAUUAUUAAUCAUGGUUUUCAGCGACAUUCCAUGCCUCCUUCUAUAAGUAACUUUUGCAUUGGCAUAUAAAUAUCAAGCUGAAUUACAUGGUUUAAAUGUAUUAUUUCCAUCAUUUUACUAUUUAUUUACAUGUUAAGUUUACAUUACUUUUCAUUUAGUAAUUUGUAAUAUGUUUACAACUAAUUUCUGCAUGAGAAGACUGCGUAACAACCUCAUCUAUUCAGUGAAGUAAACAUGUAUUUCAUUGGAGCGCCUUUCUUUAUGAUGAUGAAAUUGGGGAUGCAUCACCUGGCUGAUUAAAUUUUGAAACUUGGUAUAAAUUA